UCCCAUGAAUUUGAUAUUCGGUGAUGCAUGCUCUGGACUGGUGACAUAGCUCAGCAGGUUGGAUUCGUAGAACUAUGAUAUGCCACUAAUAGCCGGGGGAAAGGAGAGUGGAUAAAUCUUGAAAUUUGAAUGGUCGCAGUGGGUUUCCUGCCCUCAUUGCCGCCCUCCUCGCCACCUCCCGGGUCUGGGGAUGCAUCACGCGCUGCCUAGCCUUGUGAGGGCGUGCCAACAGGACAGCAUGACACUUUAAUACACGACUGUGGAAUCAGACAAGCAAGAUGGCGAUGCAGUCCCACAGGCUGCGGGAGAUGGACCAGCAGCAGCAGAGGCCCCUGCUGCAGAGCCACGAGUCGCUGGUGUCAGUGGGGGUCGGUGGCGGGGGCGGGGGCCUCUCGUCGGAGCCGGCGCAGCUGUGGUUCAUCCAGGACGGCUGCGGCAUGGUGUGUGCCUUCAUCACCUGGUUCCUGGUGCUCUACGCCGACUUCGUGGUGACGUUCGUCAUGCUGCUGCCGGCCAAGAGCGUGUGGUACGCCGUGCUCAACGGAGUCCUCUUCAACGCCCUCGCCGUACUGGCCCUCACCUCGCACCUCCGCACCAUGCUCACCGACCCGGGAGCCGUCCCCAAGGGCAAUGCCACCAAGGAGUACAUGGACAGCCUGCAGCUGAAGCCGGGAGAGGUCAUCUACAAGUGCCCCAAGUGCUGCAGCAUCAAGCCAGAGAGGGCACACCACUGCAGUAUCUGCAAGCGCUGUAUCCGUAAGAUGGACCACCACUGUCCCUGGGUCAACAACUGUGUAGGGGAAAACAACCAGCGCUUCUUCGUGCUCUUCACUAUGUACAUUGCCCUCAUCUCGGGCCAUGCUCUGGUCCUGAGCGGCUACCAGUUUGUGAGCUGCGUGCGUGUGCAGUGGAAUGAGUGCAGUGACUUCUCCCCCCCGGUGACUGUGAUGCUGAUGAUCUUCCUCUGCCUGGAGGCCCUCCUCUUCCUCACCUUCACCGCCGUCAUGUUCGGCACGCAGAUACACUCCAUCUGCAACGACGAGACCGAGAUUGAGCGUCUGAAGAGUGAGCGUCCCACGUGGGAGCGGCGUCUGCGUUGGGAGGGCAUGCGGGCGGUGUUCGGGGGACAGCCCUCGCUGCUCUGGAUCAACCCCUUCGCCGGCCUCAGACUACGCCACCUGCUGGCCACGCGCGUACGCAAGACUGGCCCCGAGUUCUCCGUCUGAGCCACACACACAGACGCAGACACUACUUAUACACACAGACACACACACACACACACUACUUAGCUGCCUUUUUAUUUCUGUCUGACACACACACACACACACACACACACACACACACACACACACACCCCUAUUGCUGCCUUUCUUUUUCUGUCUUUCAUGAUCUGUCUCUGUCUGUCAUUCUCCCAAAGUUACUCUUUCUCAACCUAGAUGUAGUCUUUCUGACUGUCUGUCUAUCUUUCUGAUUGUCUGUCCAUCUUUCUGACUGUCUGUCUAUCUUUCUGACUGUCUUUUUUGCUCUUCUGUCUUAUAUUCUUGCUUUUUGCACACACACACACACACACACACACACACACACACACAUCCAGUACCUACUUGUCUCACACUACCUGUGGACUCAGGUGUGAGGCCUGUAAAAUGAACUAAUGCUGUCGCGCGCGAGGUGUUGUGAGGCACAGACAACUCAGUAGUCCUGAGGAGUUGGACAUGCCGUACAGUACAGGCACAUAACAUACACAUGUCAGCAGGUACACACAGUGUGCACUCUAUACACACACACACCACACACACACACACACACACACACACACACUCGCCUCUGUGUCACAGCUUUACAGUCCCACUCUCCUCUCAUAUGAAGUCAGGAAGCUGCACUUGUGGAAAACAAAACAAAGACAAGCAACACCCAAGAGACACCAUGGUGUUAUACAAAAUGACUAUACCAGGAAGUGUAUUACACACACACACACACACACACAUGCACAUUCACACACACAGACACAGACACACCAUUGUGUGUGGGUGCUGACUUGGUGCUGUGUUGGACCUAGAAGACUCCUCCCACAAUCCUGUGGAAAUGCUGUACUUCCGCGACACACACACACACACACACACACACACACACACACACACACACACACACACACACACACACACACACACACACACACACACACACACACACACACACACACACACUGGGUAUAAGAAGGGAACGGCAAUCAGCUGCAAUCAGAAGACUGUCAUCAUUAUUAUUAUUAUUAUUGUCAUAAAUUUGUUUGUUUGCUGAUUUUGUUUUGUUUUUUUAAUUAGUGUGUUUGGGUUUUUUUUAUCAUUGUGAAGUCAAUGUAAGUUGAGGUUUUUUUUUUUAAGUGCAUCUCUCAAUCUUGAAUCAAAGUCCUAUCCUCUCCUCGUGACUGCUGGAUGUGGCGAUGCACUGAAAAUUGAAAAGUGCGUGUGGGUGUGUGCGUGCGUGCGUGCGUGCGUGUGUGCGUGCGUGCGUGGACGGACAUGUGCGUCUGAAAUCUGGAAUGCCCCCUGUAAGAUCUCAGUGACAUCCUUUCUGUUCUUAAGGAUUAAGGAAAAUCACACAGACUGAGGGUCACUGACAGUGAUGAGAGCCGACAUGCAUAGAGGAGAAAAGAAGGAAAGAAAGAAAGAGAGGAGAGAGAAAGAGACAUUAAUAAAAGCUGGACAGAUGGCAGAGUAUUUGCCCUGACCGUAUCUCCUCUCUGCCUUGCCCCUCUUCCCUCUCCUCUCCUCGUCCUCCUCUCCUCCUCUCCUCCUCUCCUCU